AACGAGGGGCAUAAUUUAUUUUCAACUAUACUACGAAUAUCCUUCAGCACUUUCAUCUCUGCUUAGUGUCUUUCCGAACACAUCUUUAAGGAUUUUAAUUAAACAUCUUUACAAUAUGAAGCCUCUCUAUUUGACCUUUUUGUUUUUAACCCUAUUGUCCUUUGCACUGGGCGAACCUCAAGUCGGAAAACAUUCGCCCUACUUCUACAGUCAUCCCUUAAAGAGUGGCAAACAAACAUCUUUUGGCCGAUCUCCGAGUAACAAACAGAAAACUUUGGUUGUACAAAUUCGAAGUGAUGAACCUGGACAAUUGAUAGUAAAGGGGCGCCCGAAUGUAGCCCACACUCAUGCCCAUCAAACGCAUGGACACCAUGGUCAUGCGUUAGCACACUCACAUAGUCAUGUGCAUCAUCACAUCAAUGCUGCUGCUUCCACUAGUCAUCACCACCGAGCUCAUCCAAGACCCAUAAAACUGACAGGUCCUACACAUUAUUUGAAAAAUCCCAACUUACUGCGAAAACCUCUAAAGUUUAAGCUGACUGGCAGCUCCAAAUUGAAGCCAGUGAGCGUACAUAAACCAGCUUCCAGUUAUGAUGUGCCCUUCAAAUACGAAAAGCCAGCGGUAUACCAAAGUUCAGAUAUACUCCAUUUGCCUUUGGAAACUCAUUCAAACUUUAUAUCGGAUCAUUUCGCUCCCAUACACACUAUCCCUGCUCCCAAUUUGUCUUUGCAAGAUAAUCACCUGCAUGCAGAUGAGGUCUACUUACCAAAAUCUCCCUCAGCCUCACCGAAGCCGCAGGUGUAUCACCAAAACAAAAACAACUACAAAGUAAUAGAGGAUAACACUAAUGACCAGACAAUUGUGGAUCCCUUCUCAGGUUCACAGAAACUAUAUGCCCCCGAUCCGGAUCCAUCUUUGCCCGCAGCUCAAGUUCGCCCUGCCGUUGAACCCUUUAAUACGCCCAGCAAUGGCAAGCCCUUACCGGCUGACAUACAAAGCAAUCAUUUACCGGUUGCCCAGCCUUUGGUACAAAUUGUGGGUGCCCAGGCGUCCAAACAAAUUGUACCGGAAAUUUAUCCCAUACAAUUCACCCAGCCCUUUAUAGCUGCCAAUGUAGCUGCAGUGCCGGCGGCGCCCAUACCCAUAUACAAUCCCACAUAUUUGGUUACGCAAUCAAAUAAUCUCUACACCCAGCAUCAACAACAAUUAUUUAAGCCAGCCGUAGCUGCAGCACCUGGUCCCAUUGUGGAAGCCGGCUACAUAAAUGCCGAUUUGACACAGGAAGUUGCCAGCAAUGGUCAAAUUUUGCAGGCUGCUAAGGAUCCUCAUAAUAAUAUUCACCCUGUUUUGGAUGUGGCUCCCCACUUUGCCGCCUUAAUUGCUGCACCAGCUCUGGAUGAGGAGCAUCAGUCACUGGAAACGGCGCCUUUUCAUUUGCCCAAUGUAGCGAAUCCACCUUCGGCCAUUACGCAGACUACAGAGGCUGGUUUUGUGGUAUCGAAUUACUACGGAAAUGAACAUCAGGAUUCCACGCAACUACUACAAGCUUAUGCCGAGGAGGAAGAAGCGGAAGCGCAGAGGCUACAAUACCAAGAGCUACAGCAACAGCAGCAAAUACAAAAUCAGCAAUUGCAACAGCAACAACAACAAUUGCAUCAACAGCAGCAAAUUCAACAGCAACAACAGUUACAACAUCAACAACAAUUACAACAGCAACAACACUUACAACAACAGCAGUUGCAACAACAUCAACAAUUGCAACAUCCACAAUUUCUACAUCAUGCUCCUUCGGCCCAACCUUUACAACAACUGGAUCCAGCAGCUUCAGCCUUUGAGGAACAUCAGCGUUUAGUGAAACAACAAUUAGGUGCAGACACCCCUCUACGUAUCUUUGUUCCCGACGAUGAGGAGGCUCGUUUACAGAAACGUUCCGAUGAUGUUACCAAGGGCUCUCUCGAAUACGUUGACAACGUGGAAGAGGAAUCAAUACAAGAUGAUAUGCACGAAAUGUCAUCAUCAGCAGAGACCUUCAUGGAAGAUGAAAUGCCAGAGGCACAUGAGAAAAAGGAUCACCAAGAAGAUCACCAACGACAGCAUAGUAUGAGAUCAAAUGAGGAGCAAUAGCGAACCA